AUGGCUAACGUUGCAAAGAAAUUGAUUCCUCUGCUCGAUAGAGUUCUUAUCAAGAGAGCAGAAGCAGUCACAAAAACUGCUGGAGGCAUUGUAAUCCCCGAGAAAGCUCAAUCCAAAGUUCUUCAUGGAGAAGUCGUCGCUGUAGGACCCGGCUCACGAAAGGAAAAUGGAGAAUUCAUCCCAGUCCUUGUGAGCGUGGGUGAUAAAGUGCUUCUUCCAGAAUACGGCGGCACCAAAGUGAGUCUCGAAAAUGACGAAAAAGAAUACCACCUCUUCAGAGAAUCUGAUAUCUUGGCAAAGAUAGAAAAUUAA